CCGGGGCUUCCCGCUGAGACGCAGUCGCCGGCGGAGUGCGAGCGCCGGCGGCUCGGCGCGCCCCGGCCGGGCAGCGCGGGCCCCGGAGGGGGGCUCCAGGCGCCAAGGAUUAACGAGGGUGGAGAAUGACCCACAGAAGUCUGUGAAGAGUCUACAGUACAGACAUUCGUAUUUGGGGAGUUUUUAAUGCGUACCAGUCAUAAACUUUACAUUUUCCUCAACCUAAUCUUUGAAUGGAGAGCUGCCUGCUUAGGAUGUCCCCUGUUCAAGGAAUUCCUCAGAUCAAAACUAAUUGCAGAGUUUCCGGUUGACCAGCAUUCAUAGGACCAAGUAACAAUGGCAGAAAGUAGUAUCUUGAAGCUGGGCAGCGGUGGCGCACACCUUUAACCCCAGCACUCGGGAGGCAGAGCCAGGCGGAUCUCUGUGAGUUCAAGGCCAGCCUGGGCUACCAAGAUGAAAACAAACUCCGAGAUGGUGUGUCUAAGAAACUUCAAAAGGUGUAGACCUCCUGAUUGAAGCGUGGUGGCUUUGAUUCAUUUCUUCAUGAUAUUUCUGUUCUCUACAAGGGAGUCAUGAUUACACUAACAGAGUUAAAAUACUUAGCAGACGCCCAGUCGUCCUAUCAAAUCCUGAAGCCGUGGUGGGACGUCUUCUGGUACUACAUCACCCUCAUCAUGCUGUUGGUGGCUGUGCUGGCCGGAGCUCUGCAGCUUACCCAGAGCAGGGUUCUGUGCUGUCUUCCAUGCAAGGUGGAGUUUGGCAAUCACUGUGCUGUGCCUUGGGACCUUCUGAAAGCCGGCGAGAACAUGUCCUCGAACUCGGGCCUGCUACUUCCGCCGCCGCUCCGGAUCCAGAAUGACCUCCAUCGGCAGCAGUACUCCUACAUCGACGCUGUCUGUUACGAGAAACAGCUCCACUGGUUUGCCAAGUUUUUCCCCUACUUGGUGCUUCUGCACACACUCAUCUUUGCAGCCUGCAGCAACUUCUGGCUUCACUACCCCAGCACCAGCUCCAGGCUGGAGCACUUCGUGGCCAUCCUUCACAAGUGCUUCGAUUCUCCGUGGACCACACGUGCCCUGUCAGAAACAGUGGCCGAACAGUCAGUGAGGCCCCUGAAACGCUGCAAACCCAAAACCUUGCUCGUAAACCCCGGGGGUCCUGCCGACAAUGAUGCCAGCAAGCAGUCGUCGCCCUACCCACAGCCAGGCUUGGAGUCACCCGGCAUAGAAAGUCCCAGUUCUAGUGUCCUGGACAAGAAGGAAGGUGAACAGGCCAAAGCCAUCUUUGAAAAAGUGAAAAGGUUCCGCCUGCAUGUGGAACAAAGGGACAUCAUUUAUCGGGUAUACCUGAAGCAGAUAAUUGUCAAAGUCAUCCUGUUUGUCCUCAUUGUGUCAUAUGUCCCAUAUUUUUUGAGCUGCAUCACUCUUGAAAUUGACUGUUUGAUUGAUGUGCAGGCAUUCACAGGCUAUAAGCGCUACCAGUGUGUCUACUCCUUGGCAGAAAUCUUUAAGGUCCUGGCUUCAUUUUAUGUCAUUUUGGUGAUACUUUAUGGCCUCACCUCCUCCUAUAGCUUGUGGUGGAUGUUGAGGAGUUCCUUGAAGCAAUACUCCUUUGAGGCACUCAGAGAGAAAAGCAACUACAGUGAUAUCCCUGACGUCAGGAAUGACUUUGCCUUCAUCCUCCACCUGGCCGACCAGUACGAUCCCCUGUACUCCAAACGCUUCUCCAUCUUUCUGUCAGAGGUCAGUGAGAACAAACUGAAGCAGAUCAACCUCAACAACGAGUGGACGGUGGAGAAACUGAAAAGCAAGCUUGUGAAAAAUUCCCAGGACAAGGUCGAGCUGCAUCUCUUCAUGCUCAGCGGUCUUCCGGAUAACGUCUUUGAGUUAACGGAGAUGGAAGUGCUGAGCCUGGAGCUCAUCCCUGAGGUCAAGCUGCCGGCCGCUGUCUCUCAACUUGUUAACCUCAGGGAGCUUCACGUAUACCAUUCAUCUCUGGUAGUCGACCAUCCUGCCCUGACCUUCCUAGAGGAGAACUUAAAAAUCCUCCGCCUGAAAUUUACUGAAAUGGGAAAGAUCCCACGCUGGGUGUUCCACCUGAAGAACCUCAAGGAACUGUACCUGUCAGGCUGUGUUCUCCCCGAGCAGCUGAGCACCAUGCAGCUGGAGGGCUUUCAGGACUUGAAGAACCUGAGGACCCUCUACUUGAGGAGCAGCCUGUCCCGGAUCCCCCAGGUGGUGACGGACCUGCUGCCCUCCUUACAGAAGCUGUCCCUUGACAACGAGGGUAGCAAACUGGUUGUGCUGAACAACUUGAAAAAGAUGAUCAACCUGAAAAGCCUGGAGCUCCUCAGCUGUGACCUGGAGCGCAUUCCCCACUCCAUUUUCAGUCUGAACAACCUUCAGGAGCUGGACCUCAAGGAGAAUAACCUGAAGACCGUGGAGGAGAUCAUCAGCUUCCAGCACCUUCCGCGCCUUUCCUGCCUGAAGCUCUGGCACAACAACAUCGCGUACAUCCCCGCCCAGAUCGGAGCGCUGUCCAACCUCGAACAGCUCUUCCUGGGUCACAAUAACAUCGAGAGCCUGCCCUUACAGCUCUUUCUAUGCACCAAACUACACUACUUGGAUCUGAGCUAUAACCAUCUGACCUUCAUUCCAGAGGAAAUCCAGUACCUGACCAACCUGCAGUCCUUCGAUGUGACCAACAACAACAUUGAGAUGCUACCAGACGGGCUCUUCCAAUGCAAGAAGCUGCAGUGUCUGCUCCUGGGGAAGAACAGCCUGACAGAGCUGUCCCCGCUGGUGGGUGAGCUGUCAAACCUCACCUACCUGGAGCUGGCUGGGAAUUACCUGGAGACACUGCCCCCCGAGCUGGAAGGCUGUCAGUCCCUGAAGCGGAGCUGCCUGAUUGUGGAGGACAGCCUGCUCAACACUCUCCCGCCUCCCGUCACAGAGCGCUUGCAGACGUGCUUAGACAAGUGUUGACCUGAGGAUCAGACUCAGAGCAGUUGUAGAGUGAGGCCCCGGGGCUGAAAGGAGCAUGAACUUUCCUGAGUUAUGGAGAUGAAAAAUGGCUGGUGGUUAUGACACACCCUAGCCAAAAACCUUCCCAAAUAACCCAGUGUGAAAGCAAGCAAGAGGAAGAUGUCAGCGUUGCCAUUUUGUGAAUAAAUAACUGAUCUUUAAAUUAUUGAGAUGUUGUAAAAAUAAUAAAUAAAAGUAAUACAUUGA